AGUGACUGUAGACUAAUCUCUUGUGUUACGACACUAGAAUUGCCUUAUCUGUAGAACACAGAGAUGAUCUUGCAGAAACUUUGUGAAUGUGUAUUUCCACUGUUGUGUCCACACUUGAGUGCCGUGCAUAAUGUGCUACAAGCGCAUCAAAGCAGUUGCUGAUCAAAGACGCCAUAGUUUUGGAGUUUCAGUUGAGUUUUUAUUGCUCAUUUGCCUGAUUGGACAGCUGCAUGAGGCAUUCCAUGUGCCCAAACUCAGAGUUUACUUGCCCCAAGCAUUAAUGUUAAGCUCUGCCCCAAAUCCUCAACUGUAAAUUCUGUAUAAUUUUAACUAUAUAUUUGCAUUCCCAUCACCUAUGAGUUGUUAGAUUGACAGAUAUCACAUACAGGUGUGUCGUGAUGUGGUAGACUGUCCAGCUUGCGUCAGAUCAGUACUUUGCAGUGUUUCUUGUCUGUAGGAGCUGAUCAGCCAGGCAGCCCAGAUUCUGGGUUCUGUGGACUUUCUGGGAAACCCCAUGGGCCUCCUCAACGACGUCAGUGAGGGCGUGUCUGAGCUAAUCAAGUACGGCAACGUGGGCGGCCUCAUACGCAAUGUGACCCAUGGUGUGUCCAACUCUGCUGCCAAGUUUGCAGGGACUUUAUCAGACGGACUGGGGAAGACCAUGGACAACCGGCACCAGAGUGAGCGAGAGUACAUCAGAUACCACGGAGCCACCAGUGGAGAGCACCUGGUAGCAGGGAUCCAUGGACUGGCUCAUGGUAUCAUUGGAGGCAUGACGAGCAUCAUCACUUCCACAGUGGAGGGGGUAAAGACGGAGGGUGGAGUCAGCGGCUUCUUCUCAGGCCUGGGUAAAGGUCUGGUCGGCACUGUGACCAAGCCGGUGGCUGGAGCUCUGGACUUUGCCUCAGAGACAGCACAGACAGUCCGAGACAUGGCUAGUCUCAGUAACCACAGGUGGGUUGAGUGUAUUACUUGUAUUUUGAAAAAAUAACUCCACCUUAGUAAA